AUGACGGUUAAAACAGUUGUGUCUGACAGAAAUGGAGAAGCCAACAAGCUAACGUCGCAAGCUCUGGCCCAAUCCCUCAAACAGCUGGCGGGCGGCCUUCAGAUUGAGGACGCCGAUUUUGAUGCCGUGUCGAGAAGAAUACUUGAUGCUGUUCCUCCAAGCGCAACACACUCGAGCGUAGUACAAUUUGGCGGUGAAGUGCUGGCUGCAAUGUCAACGACGCACCCCGACUUUGCGAAUCUCGCUGCAAGAUGGGAAAUAUCAGAAUUGCAUAAAAAAUUACAAGGGCUAUCUUUUACUGAGAACCUCGCGCUUCUUCAAAAGCUCAGAUCAUCGAGUAAGGCUCCAACAGUCAAGAGGCAUAAGACCAGCACUUCACAUAACGAUAAAAACUUGAUAUCUGCUGCUUUUUACGAGAUGGCACUUCGUUACCAAACUACACUCGAUGCUGCGAUCCAACCCGACAGAGACUUUGAUUUCUCCUAUUUCGGCUGGAAAACACUUUCUAAGUCGUACUUGAUCAAGCGAAAAAAUGAAGAAACGCACGAAACUCCGCAAUUUCUUUUCAUGAGAGUCGCCCUUGCCAUUCACGGUCCACGCGGAGAUAUUGACGCAGUUUUAGAGACUUACGACUUGAUGUCUCGUAAGUUUUUCAUUCAUGCUUCACCAACUCUUUUUAACGCAGGGACGGUCAACCAGUAUUUGUCUUCCUGCUUUCUAGUGGCCAUGAUAGAAGAUUCAAUUGACGGAAUUUACCGCACACUCCAUAAAACGGCAAUGAUUUCCAAGGCAUCCGGAGGAGUAGGAGUUCAUGUUUCAAAUGUAAGGGGGACGGGUGCCUACAUAUCAGGGUCAAAUGGCACAUCUAAUGGGUUAGUACCGAUGUUACGGGUAUUCAAUAAUACUGCCAGAUACGUAGACCAAGGUGGUAACAAAAGACCUGGCGCCUUCUGUAUAUAUCUGGAACCUUGGCACUCAGAUGUCCUUGACUUUUUGCAACUUCGCAAGAACCAAGGGAAAGAGGAACUGAGAGCCCGUGAUUUGUUCCUGGCGUUAUGGAUACCAGAUCUUUUUAUGGAGCGCGUAGAACAAAAUGGCAGCUGGUGCCUUUUCUCUCCAGAUGAAGCACCAGGAUUACAAGAAUGCUUUGGUGAGGAAUUCAAAAAGCUUUACGAAACAUAUGAGAAAACGCUAGCGCCAGCGAAGAAAAUGCCAGCACAAAAGUUAUGGAGCGAAAUCUUACAAAGCCAAGUCGAAACAGGCGGCCCGUUUAUGCUAUACAAAGACUCCUGCAACAAUAAGUCUAAUCAGAAGAAUUUAGGCACUAUCAAGUCAUCCAAUCUGUGCUGUGAGAUUGUGCAGUAUAGCUCGCCAAGUGAAACUGCUGUUUGUAAUCUUGCCUCCGUGGCUCUUCCGUCUUUUGUGAAGCUUCAAAGAGAACAAGCAAUUUUUGAUUUCGAGUCACUUCAUAAAAUUGUGAAAGUGCUUACCAAAAAUCUGGAUUCAGUGAUAGAUAUAUGCGACUAUCCAGUCGAAGACGCGAAGUUCAGCAACGAGAAAAACAGGCCUAUUGCUAUAGGUGUACAAGGUUUAGCGGACGCCCUAAUGAUACUGCGCAUCCCCUUUCAUUCCGAAAGCGCUCGCGUCCUUAAUAAGCAAAUUUUCGAGACGAUUUACCAUGCUGCAGUGGAAACUUCUAUUGAGAGAUCAAAAAAGCUAGGGCCUUACCCAAGUUUCGAUAAUUCGCCUGUAUCAAGAGGCGAGUUUCAAUUCGAUCUCUGGGGUCUAAACGAUGACAAUUACGAGUUUCUGUUCAGUGAUUGGAAAGAAAUGAGAGAGAAAGUAAAGCAGCACGGGAUUAGGAAUUCGCUGUUAGUUGGGCCCAUGCCCACAGCCUCAACCUCUCAAAUUUUAGGCUUCACCGAAUCAUUUGAGCCAAUGACUUCGAACAUAUACACGAGAAGGGUCCUCAGCGGAGAGUUCACCGUCAUCAACAAAUACAUGGUUGACGACUUCUGUCGACUUGGAAUUUGGAACGAAAAGCUUAAAAAUCGGAUCAUUGAGCAAAAUGGGUCGAUCCAAGGAAUUGAGGGAAUACCUAGUAACUUAAAAGAGCUUUACAGGACGGUUUGGGAAAUACCACAACGUGUGAUGAUCGACCUAUCAGCGGACCGCGGUCCAUUCAUUGACCAAUCUCAAAGUCUUAAUCUCUUUUUGAGAGAACCAACAAUGGGGAAGCUCACCAGCAUGCAUUUCUAUGGCUGGAAAAAAGGGCUUAAGACAGGAAUGUACUACUUGAGAACACAGGCGGCCUCUGGCGCUAUCAAAUUCACAAUCAACCAGGAGAAUACCCUCCGCGGCGCGGUUUCUAUUCGCAAGGGCCUGGAGGUCAAGCAGCUUUCAGUUUUUGGACAUUAUCCAAGUUCAUGCAAACCCCACUUGCAUAUAAAAGUGGCAAAGGACAAGCGCCAUGAAAUGUCAAACUCGAGCGAUACUUCUGAUAAAUUUAGAGGUGAUGACGACCAUUUUGGAAUUCACAACUCUCAGCAGCUUGCCUGCUCCAAUGACAGAACGGAUGCGAACUGUGAAAGUUGCUCAGGCUAG